AGCAACUAAAACCCCUAAAAUCAUAAAUACUAUAGGUUUUAUUGUAUACGCCGUCAUCAAGCUCGACCUGCAGCACAAUCUGCUGGAUGGCAAUGCCACUUUCAAGUUGCUCGACGGCAUGUGGAAUCUGCAACGUCUCGAUCUCUCUAAAAACAACAUUGACUCACUCUCGCCCGCAAACAACUCUCUGCGUCUGAUGCUGCCCAGUCUCACACAACUGAAUCUCGCCUACAAUCAGUUGGAGGAACUGUCAUCAAUGCUGCCCUAUCGCCUGACUGAACUGGACAUAUCCUACAAUCAUUUAAUCUCAGUGACGGCCGCCAACUUUGCAACUCUUCCAAAUUUACAGCAACUCAAUGUACAGGAUGUUCGACUGACAGACUUCGACUACAAGCUGUUUCAUCAACAGAAUCCAAAGCUCCAGGAGCUUGGAGUGUGCGACAGUGACUACAGAUUCAUGCACAUACUAACCACAUGCAAUCAUGCCGUGCAAUCAUCACAAACCGAGCAGUGAACAGAUCACAAGGGAGCCACAAUUGCAGCCGGCGACUGAGGCACAGUGUGGCCCCAUAGCUGGCGUCAGUGGCAUUCAUCCAUAUUGGACGACCCGGGACGUUUUAGCAUUUGUAACGCUUGUGGUGGUAUUUGUCAUACUACUGAUUCAGCUAUAUCACAUUCUGGAAGAGGAGGGUUGUGUGCGUCGCAUGCGGCAGCGGCUGCGGGGCAGGCCGCAAAUGGUCAAUGGCACUCACAGCAACAGACGCCUCAAUGAGGAGGACUCUGAAACAUCGAGUGCAUAGCUGUGAGAGCAUUCAGCCACAGACAUAAACUUAAACGCACAAACUAUUGGCUAGCACAAGGUAAAUCAAAUAGAAACUUGCAAAGAUUAUUGUGAUUCAUUGAUUAAAUAAAAUACAUUAAA